AAAGUUCACUAACUUAUCCACAAUGCAAUUAUAUAAUCAUAACCACUAAAUUGUGAAAUAGUGAACACACUGAAACCUAUCAUUUAAGGCACUACUUUAUCUUAACACAAUUAAUUUCUCAAAAAUCUGUCUCUAUGACCUCUCUUGAAUGCAAAAAUCCAACUACUUCACAAUAAAAACACUAGUAGUGUGUUCAAAGAUAAAUGGAUCUUUUGCUUAGAGUAUUACGUUUGUGUAUACUACUCUCUUGUGUCUUGUCAACACUUUGUUCCAUUACCAAAUCUGGUGGUUCAAAUGUAACUGUGAAAUUCUUGAAAGCACCUCAUGCAUUCUCUCACUUGAAUUCAGCAACAUUUGCUUUUGAAGUUCUUAAUUCUGGUAGUGACCGUUCUUCAAAUCGUAGCCUCAGUUGUAAGCUUGAUGAUGGGAUCAAAUCAGUUUGUACAAAAAAGAGAGUUACAUACUCAGGCUUGCUGGAUGGAUAUCAUAGUUUUGAAGUUUGCACCAAUGAGCAUCAUCAAGGACUUGGCUGUGCUAGCUAUAAUUGGACUGUUGACACAAUUCCACCAACAGCAUAUGUUAAAGCCUCAACAUCAUUCACAAGUUCUUUAAAUGUUUCAGUAAAUAUAUCAUUCAGUGAACCUUGUACAGGUGAAGGUUUUGGAUGCAAAUCUGUGAAUGCCUGCAAUCUUCUUGUUUAUGGUGCUGGCCAAGUUAUACCAUCUUCCUUUACUAUCCUGAAGCCAAACCUCAUGUAUUCUCUUCUUGUUAGUUUAUCCUCUACCGUUCAAUAUGGCCAAACAAUCCUUGUAAUGGAUAAGAACUUCUGCACUGACAUAGCGGGUAACGGCUUUACAAGAACUCCAAAUUCAAGUGUUUAUGUUCAUAUUGACAGAAGAAAGGUUUAUGUCAACAUCAGAACUCAUGUACCUGAAAAGCUACUUCAAAUUAACAGUGAAACUCGAACAGUACAAGCAACUAAUAACCUUAACAAGCUAAAGGUGUAUUUGUACUUCUCAGCUCCAGUUCUAAAUUCCUCUAGACAAAUUAUGAAUUCUCUCAGCAUUAGCCAAGGUUCAAUUGUUCAAACUAGUGCAGAAAAUCUCGGAAAUCGUAGAUUCGGAUUCAUGCUUGCUAAUAUCUCCUCUACUGCUAUAAUCUCUAUCCACUUCGAUUCAAAGUCAAUAAUAACCCGACAAGGGACUCAAGUUUCUCCAACUGCACCGGUUAAUUUUAUCUACGAUUCUAAGAGACCUAUGGUGAUGUUGAGUACACAUAGCAUGAAGACAAAAGAACACAAUAUCCAAAUAUUAAUUAAAUUUGUGAAGCCUGUUUUUGGGUUCAAUUCUUCUUGCAUAUCAGUUUCAGGAGGUAUAUUAAAAAGCUUUCACAAACUAAGAUGGAGCAUAUACAUCAUUGAGAUACAAGAAAAUGAUGAUAAAGUAUUUGUCAGUGUUCCGGAGAAUGUAACUCACGAUGUUGCUGGAAACAAAAAUCUAGCUUCCAAUGUUCUACAAGUGAGGCACUACUCAUCACCUCUCAUUUCUUCUGUGAUUUCUGCAUUUGCAACUGCCACUUUUGUGAUGACAUCGUUUGCUGCGGGCCUGCUAACUAUCUCAACUGCAAGCCUUCAAUCUGUCGAUACAUUCACGAGAUCGUCUUCUUUCUUGAUCGUUGAUCCAGCAAGGAACCUUUUUAGAAUUCUGUGCCAUAUUCAAGUGUUUGCACUAGCUAGGUGGUUAUCAGUUAAGUUGCCAGUUGAGUUUUAUGAAUUUUCCAGACAUUUGCAAUGGACCAUACCUUAUUUUUCUGUGCCAUGGGAAUCUGGACCUAUGAGCCUGUUAAUGGUAGGCUCUAGUCCUUUUGGUAUCUCUAAUUCCUUUACCAAAACUUCAGCAACAAUGCCAAGCACGCUUUUAGGCAAUAAUUUGAAUUAUGCUGCUUCAGUGUAUGGAUCACCACUUACUUCUUCAGAGUAUCGUCAAUAUUUUGAGAGCGAAGUUAUGAACCCGGAAGCUGAAUAUAUUUUGGAUUCUCAACAUUCAAGUGGAUGGACAUAUUUUUAUAGAAGCAUAUUUUGGCUAGCUGUGAUAUGUGGCGGUUUGAUGGUUCUGCAUGCUUUUCUACUCAUUAUCCUCAAAUUUAGGAAGAGAAAUUCUGAAAGGCAUAGAACAUAUGGAGCACUCAUAUUCCCAAGAUUUGAGAUAUUCCUUUUAUUUCUUGCACUACCUGGUGUCUGCAAGGCCUCUUCUGGCCUUAUUAGAGGGGGAGCACCUUCAGCAAUGGCAGUUGGCAUUAUACUAUUGAUUUUGGUGUCAAUUGUGCUUCUAGCUUUGUUCAUGUUCCUUUCAGUUGGAAUCACAUUUGGAAAACUUCUUCAAUACAAGGAAGUUCAUCAAGAAGGUGAGACAUUUCAUUGGUAUCAAGAGCUUAUAAGAGUAACUCUUGGACCAGGUAAAAGAGGCCAAUGGACAUGGAAAGAAAAACCUAAAUCUAUUUGCCUAACUAUGUUUGGACCUUUAUUUGAAGAUUUAAGAGGUCCUCCAAAAUACAUGCUUUCUCAAAUAGCAGGCGGAAGUCAUCAAGGUCAAAGUGACUACAUCAUUGCCUCUGAUGAUGAAACAGAAGACGCAGAAGCGCCUUUCAUCCAAAAACUCUUCGGAAUUCUCAGAAUAUACUAUGUGUUUCUCGAAUCCAUUAGGCGUAUUUCGUUGGGAAUUUUGGCAGGUGUUUUUGUUCAAACACAGACUUCCAAGAGUCCAAUGAUUAUUAUGCUAUCUAUAACCUCUUUUCAGCUAUUCUUCAUUGUGCUAAAAAAGCCUUUUAUUAAGAAAAAGGUUCAAUUAGUUGAGAUAAUCUCACUCACAUGCGAAUUUGCAUUUUUCGCCACUUGUUUCUUGCUUUUGAAGAAAGAUUUUUCUGUGAGAACUGAGACAAAAUUUGGGAUUUUCAUGCUUGUGCUGUUUUUGGUAGGGUAUUGUUCUCAAAUUACAAAUGAAUGGUAUGCUUUAUAUGUACAAACAAAGAUGCUAGACCCUAAGGAGAAGUCAAUGUUAAGGGGUUUGAAAGUUGCUUCUAUUGGGUUUGUUUUGUUUUUCAUCCCUAAAAAAUGGAUCAAAAACUUGGAAAGCAAGUUACCACAAAAUGGUAAUGUGAAUGAAGAAGGAGGAGACAAUGGUUUGGUGGGUGUAAGACGCAUGCAUUCAGGUAGUAGAAGCUCAGGUACACCUGAUAUACCAUGGUUGACAAGACUAAGGGAACUUUCAAAAGCCAGCUUUAGCAAUAAGGAAAGAAGUGGAGUUCAAAUUACUGAUCCUUCUUCUAGUAACACUACUAAUUGGAGUAGUUUUUGGGGGACUAAGAGAAGUAGUAGCUCUUCUUCUGAUUAUAAGUCAAAACCAAAAACCUUGUAUGAAGAUUUGGAAGCUAUUUUUGCAUCCAAGUCAUAAUACAAAAAUAUAUAUAUAUGUGGAUUUUUGCCAUCCUUAUAUAUUAUACCUAUUUGCAACCUUGUUUCCUUUGUUUUAGAUAAUGUACAAUUUGUAUGUAUGUUUGUGUA